AUGACAACACAUAGAAAACUAAAAUACAGUGUGUCUGAUGCUAGUCGUCGAAUGUAUAGAGAUGAAACCAACGGGAUUUAUCGAAAACUGGACAAUCCCUCUCCCACAGAAAACCAACUAAGGCAACAGAGAUUCGAGGCAAGACAGCGACCACUUAGUCAUAUCUUAGCCUCUAGUUCCUUCAGAGAAGAUUUUAACAGGAAUCAAAUAACCAGAGGACAGAGUUUAAGCAACCUGAAGAAAGCGCGGUUGAGAAAUUCAUUGAAUUUACCCCAUAGUUUUUCUUUGGAUUUAGGAUACGAUGUGGAUGCAAAUGCAAAUUUGGACGACUUUUCAGCUCGAUCUGGGAAUUUAAGAGAGAUUACAGUCUCGGGGGAUUCUGCUUUCGGUUUUGUUCCAGAGAGAGAUAUAAUAUCUUUAGGAGACAUUUCAUCCUCUCAGGCUACAAACUGUCGUGCCUCCAAAAAGUCUCCAAGUGUUGCAAGCGUUGGAAGUAAGAGAUCUUCCUUUAAAUCUGAGAAAUUCCGAAAAUCAUCAUCAUCGUCAUCUACAUCCACAUCGCAAAGCCAUUCCUCUAGGUCACGAUCGUCUUCGCCAAAACAGAAGUACAAAACACAGGACAUUGAACAUGUACUUGAUAAUACGACUAACAGUGAAGGCGAUGAAUCAUCCAAAAUCCAAAAAGUGCUACACAAAAGGCCUUCUUUUAAGGAAAUAUUUCCAGAACCUGUAAAUCAAGAAUUUAUGGACAAAUCUGUUGAAAGAAAAUCAGUUGGUAGAUUGUCCUUCUCGGAAAAAGAUACCAAUAGAAUUUUUGAUUCGGAAGAAGGUAUCCAGACCAAUGUAAAAAAUGAUUCUAGUUCUUUGAGAAGAACUAAGCUUAACACAUCCCUUUCAACAGAUUCAGGGGAAUCAGACUCUCCAAAAACUGCACAUAAGGUAUUCGACUCCACAGACCAUUUUCAGCGUAGCUUCCUAUUUCCUGGAACUGUGAACAAACCAGAGACGACACCUUCAGAUUCCGAGUCUUCGUGCAAAGAAGGCAGUUAUAUUUUGGACACUGAGUUCUACCCGUCAGAGAAGCCAUGUGUCUCAGUCAUCUCACCUCAUUCUUUAACAGUAUGUGCUCAUUUGGCUUCUUUGGACAACACUGAUAGCGAGAAUGGUGAUAUAUCCGACAACAACCAAGCUUUGAAAGGAAACAUCAAACUGGACAGGACUGUAUCCCUGGGGGACGCCCCUCCUCCACUCCCACAAAGUUCUCCUCCAGACGUCAUAGAAACAAUAAGUCUUGGCAGCUAUGCAGGAAACGAUUUUGUGCCCUCUGAAGUAAAACAAAUGGCCUCUGAGAGUUUUGCGAGCACUGGUAAAACCCCCGGGUAUCUAAGGACAUCAGUAGCUUACUAUGGUCCUAUCUACGCCAGCAAUAAUACCCUCAUCCUACCCACAAAGUCAGCUCAGCCGUCUCUCGAUCAGUGUGGAAACCAAGACUAUCGUUCUGAUGAUGAUACUACUAGCAAUUCAUCGGCUUCUUCUGCCUCAUUAAACCACAAACACAAGGUUCAGAAUGCUGAGAAAGAAAAUGUAACUGACAAAGUAAUAUCAGAGAUGACAGGUUUAACGGAAGAUACCCCAAACCAAAGUAUUGGAAAUGGCUUACAAAAUGAUUUUGUCAAGAGAAAUUCGUCUGGUUCUUCUUCGUCUUCAAACGAAGAACACAGUGCUGUACUUGAGAAUCAAAUUGCCAAGAAAGAAGAUGACAAUACAAUAUCCGAUAACUUAAAGGCUUGUUUAGCCGAAGUCACUCUAAAGCUAAAUUCUGCAAGUGAACCACAGUUUAGAUAUACACGGGCUGGGUCAGAGCAGAAAAAUUCACCUAGCGUUAAUGCAGAAAUUCAUCAGGUGCUGGAAACUUUAGAUAACGCCAUAUUGGGUGUUUCCGAAGAUACUGCAGAACAAGAUACAGUAAAACACCGCGGUCAUCAUGUGGUUGUGGCUAUCGACUUUGGCACCACGUACAGUGGGUAUGCCUACAGUUUUACCAGAGACCCCUCCCAUGUCCAUCUAAUGAGGAAGUGGGAGGGAGGGGACCCAGGUGUUAUCAAUGAGAAGACCCCCACCAGCAUUCUCCUGACUCCCGAGGGUCAGUUCCACUCCUUUGGCUACAGCGCCAGGGAUAACUACCAUGACCUUGGCAAAGAAGAGGCAAAAACUUGGAUGUAUUUUGAAAAGUUUAAGAUGAUCCUCCAUAACACGCCGGAAUUAAGCAAGGAUACAUUACUUAAAGCUUCCAAUGGAAGACUUUUUCCGGCGAUGACUGUGUUUUCCUUGGCUCUGAAGUUCUUCAGGGACCACGCCCUACAAGAACUGAGUGACCAAUCAGGAAUGAAGAUUCUGAAUGAAGACGUACGAUGGGUUAUCAGUGUACCCGCAAUAUGGAGAGCUUCGGCUAAACAGUUCAUUAGGCAGGCUGCUUACGAGGGUGGUUUGGUUUCCUCCCAAUGUCCGGAGCAGAUGAUCAUUGCCUUAGAACCGGAAGCUGCUUCUAUCUACUGCAGAAAGUUAAAAAUGUACCAACUUGUCCCGGAAAUAAACGAAGAGCGCCCUCUUCAGUCACCAAAGUUUGCCUCUGUUGAGCCAAUGAAUAUAAAUCCUGCCUGUGAGGAUUUGAAAGAAGGUUAG